AUGGAGAGCCGCAGCCUCCUCGCCGCCCUCCUGGCUGCUGCCCUCGCCGCCCUCCUGCCGCUGUCCGCUGCCUCCUCGGCCCACCGCAAGCUCCUGGUGUUCCUGCUCGACGGCUUUCGCUUCGACUACAUUGAUGACAGUGAGCUGGAGAGUCUGCCGGGCUUUCGGCACAUUGUGAACAUGGGAGUGAAGGUGGAUUACAUGACCCCAGACUUCCCCAGCCUCUCCUACCCCAAUUACUACACGUUGAUGACGGGUCGCCACUGCGAGGUCCAUCAGAUGACUGGAAACUACAUGUGGGACCAGAAGGCAAAUGUAUCUUUUGAUAUUGGUGUGAAUAAAGAAAGCCUGCUGCCUCUCUGGUGGAAUGGAUCAGAGCCUUUGUGGGUCACAAUGAUGAAAGCUAAAAAGAACGUUUCCAUGUACUACUGGCCAGGUUGCGAGGUCGAAAUCCUUGGAGUCAGACCAAGUUACUGCCGUGAGUACUUCAGCGUCCCAACAGACAAAAACUUCGCAGAUGCCAUCAGCGAUGCCCUCGAGUCUCUGUGCAACAACAGCGCCGAGAUGGCCGCGGUGUACUACGAGCGUAUUGAUGUGGAAGGCCACCACUAUGGCCCUUCAUCCCAGCAGCGCAAGAAUGCUUUGAAGGAAGUGGACAAAGCCUUGAGCAACAUGAUCUCACUCAUUAAGAGCAAAGGCCUUCAGAAUGAUAUCAAUGUCCUCCUCUUCUCUGAUCAUGGGAUGACAGACAUCUCUUGGGCAGAUAAAGUGAUUGAGCUGAAAAACUAUAUCAAUAUGAGUGAUACCAUACAAAUGAAGGACCGAGGUCCUGUUGUGAGCCUCUGGCCGACUCCAGAGAAGCAUGCAGAGAUAUAUCAAAAAUUGAAAGCUGUGGAACACAUGGAUGUUUAUAACAUACAAGAUAUUCCAAACAGGUUUUUCUACAAAAAAGGAAAAUUUGUGUCUCCACUGACUCUUGUGGCUGAAGAAGGAUGGUUCAUAGUAGAGAGCAGGGACAAGCUGCCCUACUGGGAAAAUGGAACGGGGAGGAAGGAGGCCUGGCAGAAUGGCUGGCAUGGCUACGACAAUGAGCUCAUGGACAUGAGAGGCUUCUUCCUUGCAUAUGGACCAGAUUUCCGAUCCAACUACCGAGCGCCUCCCAUCAGAUCCGUGGAUGUUUACAACAUCAUGUGUAGCUUGGCAGGAGUACAGCCACUGCCCAACAAUGGCUCCUGGUCCAGGGUGGAGUGCAUGCUCCGAAACACAGCCCCCUUGGCACUGCUUCCCCCGUGCAGCAGCUGUGUCCUGGUACUAGCUCUGCUCUCCCUGUUCGCCAGGCAGAUCUCCUUACUGUGA